AUGAAGCGGGCAGUGGACGAGAUGUUCCCUGAGGGCGCCGGGCCCUACGGGGACCUGGACGAGGCAGGAAGCAGCAUGGGGCUCCCGAUGGACUUGGCAGCCAAUGAGAAGGCAGUUCAUGCAGACUUUUUCAAUGAUUUUGAAGAUCUGUUUGAUGAUGAUAUCCAGUGA